CUAAUAUUGUAUAAAAUGAAUAUGAAUAAAAUAUUAUACAAUUGUUGGAUAUUUAUUUUCAAAUUAAUACAAAUAUUAAAUUUAUUGUUAAAAUCAUGUAUGAAAUAUUUUGUUAAAAUGAAACAUAAAAAUGAUAUAAAUAUAUUAUAUCAUAGCGAGAAUUUUUUAGUAGUUUCCAAGCCAUAUGAUAUGUGUAUUAAUAGCAAUAAUCGUGAGAAAAGGGAUACACUGCAAUUUGAAUUAAAAAAAAUCUUACCAAAAUUAGUCAAUCCAAAUUUAUUUCAUGAAUUUCAUUUUGUACAUAGAUUGGAUUAUGCAACAAGUGGUGUGAUAUGUAUUGCAUUAAAUAAAAAGGCAGCUCGAGCUGCUUCUAAUGCAUUUGAAGCAAGAACAGCCAAAAAAUUUUAUUUGGCACUACUUCAUGGCCAUAUUAAUGAACCUUAUCUUAUUAUAGAUAAAGCUAUUGGAAUUGAUGUCAGAGAGAAAGAGGGAAAUCAUAAAAUGUGUAUCAGUGACAGCUUAUUUUGUGAAAAACCAAAAAAUUCAUAUACAAUUCUUAUAGUAUUAGAGAAAGGUUUCAGAAAUGGAAAACCAGCUACUAAAGUACUAUUAUGCCCUGCUACAGGAAGAAGACACCAAUUAAGAGUACAUUGUUCAUAUAUUGGUCAUACUGUGAUUGGAGAUUAUACAUAUAGCGAAAGAAAAGAUAUAGAACCUUAUAGAACAUUUUUACAUUCCUUCAGGCUUAUAUUGAACAAUGAUAUUGAAAAUUUAGAUGUAAGAAGUACAGAUCCAUUUGUAGCUUCUGAUCCAAAGAAUCAAUGGUCACCAACAAAUGUUGCUAGGAUAUUAGAUGAAGAUAUAUUUUAUGAUAUUUAUAAUCUCUUGCAAUUAAAUAAACACUGAACUUUUA